AGAGGCUCAGUAGUGACCUCUACUCGAAGGUGUUUUCACGCAGCGAGAAAAUGUCGGGGGAGUUUGGUACGGGGAAAACUAUAUUCGUCCUAGCGAUAGUGGUGGGAUGUUUUGCCGUCUUAUGGCCAAAGAUCUUCUACCCUAUGCUCACGGCUUCGGUUAAACACCCUACGACGCCGAGGCAAGCAGCAUGGCGCAACGAAGCCAACCUCCACUUCGCCGACCAGCUGUGCUACCUGCUGGAGGAGCACUACGCCACGGCAGUGCCUCCUUCUGCGCCUUCUGCUUCCGCCUCCUCCAGUAGUAUUUCGGGGGUCCGGUGGUCGGCCGAAGAAUGCUGGCUGGUCGUCUGGCGUGCUUGCGGCCACGAGAUGAACGAGACUCUGGUCGAGGAUGUCCGUCUGGGCCGCGACAAGUCCAACCUGACGGAGUGCCUCACCAGUCAGUUCGGGCUCACGCCCGCGCUGGUCGCCUCCGCCGCGCCCCCGAAGAUCCGCCUGCGUCCUUACUUCCCCCAGUCCAUGAGUGCUCACGCGCGUCCUGAAAGACCAGCCCACCUAUAUCCUGAAAUGAUGCACCCUGCUCUACGGGAGAAGGGGAGGGCCAUGCCGCAGCGGACCAUCGACAAGCAGGCCAGGCCUGGGCCCAUGCCGGGUAUCCGACCCCCCAUGGGCGGUGCGGGGGGGAUGGUGCCCCCUCCCCAGGGUAAGGGAUCCGGUGCCAUGGGUAUCAUAAUGCCACUAUACACUGUGGGCAUCGUCGUCUUCUUCGUCUAUACUAUUAUGAAGGUUCUGUUCAAGAAAGGCCCAGACGACGACAAAACCCCAAAACUAAAAGACUUCGGCCUCGACCCUGAGUAUCGCAAGUACGUGUUUGCAGAAGAGUAUCUGGACAAUUCAGAGAUUUCGACGAGGGACCAAAUGAGGAGGCAGGCAAGGGAGGAGUCUCGCUCGAGGAGGAAGGUUCAGCAAGACCAGAUGCCUGAAACAAAGAUAGGACAAAGACGAUUGCCUAAUGAAGGCCGUAUGGACACACAAGGAAAAAAAUUGGGUGAAUGGUACUUGCCAGAGGGCUUUUUGGAUGUUGUAGACGAAGAUUCUGAAUAUGAAGAUACCAUAGGUGGAACUACUUUCGAUGAGUGUAUCCAAGAAACUAUAAGAAGUAGACUGCAAGACGGGAUUCAUUCAAACAGAACAAAGAGUCAUUUAAGAAAAUGUCAGACUUUCCCAAAAUAUCCAAGUUUAGAUGAUAAUGAUGAUGAUCAUCAUAGUUCAUUCAGGGCACAAAAAGAUUUACUAGGCAUGACUGCUAACAAAACAAGUCCACUAUACAAAAACACUGAGUAUGAAGAUGAUUAUUUCCCAGAUGAGAGAUACGGUUGCAGUAAUGAUUUCUUAAAACUUGUUGAAGAGAAGCUGAAGAAUUACGAUGAAGGAAGCGAAUUUGAUAAUUUUAAAGAACUCUGCCUAAUGGCUCAAGAACAUAUCAAAAUCAAGCAGCAAAUGUACAAUCAAGUACCAAGAGAACAGUUCAAUAGUGAACACACAAGAAAUUCAGAAGACGAAACAGAGCUUAACUACAGUUCAGAGGAUUCCUCUCCUGAAGUGACAGGUGAAACUGAUAAAGAAUUUCCGAUCAGUAAAUAUGUAACAAAAUGUCAUUCCAGCCAGGCAUCCAACACAGAUGAGGUUAGUGAUGAUAUUAAAGAACUAAAACAUUCUGCGCAAGAACACGAAGAAGAUCCCAUAGAGGAAAGAGCAGAUAUACAUCAGGAUAUAAGUGUUGAUGCUAGUGACAAAGGAAAAUCAGAAUGUGAUAAGAUCUCCACGGCUAUCUCAGGCAUAUUGGCAGAACUCGACCAGUUCUCCAGUGAACUCGAGACGCGGCAACAGCAGAAGAAAGAGGAACUGUCAAGGCUGAUGAUGAUGGAAAGGGAGAAGAGGAAUAAUGAGUGCAAACAUGAGACAUUACAGAAGAGAGACAGAGUCAGUGCCAAUGAUACAGUGCCAAUGCAUGUUCCUAGUUCUUCCCCUAAAUUUCAAAGAAAAACAGAACCAGAGAUGACUUUGUAUUCCAACAGAACUUCCAAUUUUGAUAACAGAAGUGACCAAUACCAAACCAAAUCAUGUAGAAAAGUCUCCUCUGACACAAACCCUGGUAAGAUGUAUGAAAAGUAUAUUGCAAGUCAAUAUAGAGGAAGCUUCCUUAUAUUACCAAAGGCCAUGGAAGAUAAGCAUUCUGGGCAGUCCAUAAUGUGUUCAAACUUUAGCCCAGCAAUUGCACAGUUAAGAUUUCUGGACUGGUCCAGGAUAGGCCUGGACAGUGUGAUGGAAACGGCUGCUGCGUCUGCUGCUAAUGCCAACAAAAAGGAUGAAGUUGGAGACAUUACAAGCGAAGAAGACUUGACGAGCAGUGAGGCGCUCACAACCACAAUGAGUGAAGACAACUCCCUCCCUACGUCUCUGCAGCAACAUCUCCAUGCAUUACAGGUAGAACAGUUGAAUAGUUAUUCAGAACUUUCAGUAGAUGUGGUUCCUCAGCAGGAAGGUGAGCAGGUACCGAGUACCAAAGUGGAGGCACAGUUAGACUUAAACACUGAUGAGGGAGAGCUUGGAUCAGUUUUGUCUGAUCAGAAAGAGGUGACAGUAGACCCUGCUUCACAUCAGUCCACUGUAGAUACUGUUGCACCUUGUGAGGAAUUAGAAGUAGAGAUCUCUGAACCACAAGUUAAUGUAGAUGUUCCUCAGAUGGAAGAGGUUGCUCAUACAAGUAGUCCAUCCCCCAAGCAGACAGAUUUAUCCCAAGAGGAAGGUAAUGUAGAACUUGAUCAUGCGGCAGAAGACCAGGCUGUAACUCAAGCAGAUGUAGAGAAAGACCAGCAAGAAGUUGUUGAACCAGAAGAGGCUGUGCCUGCAGAAUCAAAAGAAGUUGAAACAUCAUCUGUAGAACCCAAAGCGGUUGAAGCAGAGGUUACAGAACUUGAAGAAGCUGAAGCACAGGCUGUAGAACCCACUGAGGUUGAACCACAGUCUGAAGAACCCAAAGAAAUUGAACAGCAGCCUGCAGAACCCAUAGAAGUUGAAAAACCAUCUGCUGAACUCAAAGAGGCUGAACAACAGCCUGAACAGUCGACAGAACCGAAAGAGAUUGAACCACCACUAGCAGAGGUUGCAACUGAGGAACAGAAUGUAGAUCUUCCUUUGGAAACAAAACAACCAGACGAAACAGAUGCUCCUCCUGCAUCCCAAGAACCGACUGAACAGCAAAAUGUUCAGGCAGAAAUUAUAUUACAAGAAGAGAGUGAUGUUCUCGAUGAAGAUAAUGUUCUCAAAGUAAGUCCAGAAGAAGCAGAACAAAAGCAGGCAGAACCAGCAAAUACUUGUGAGGAAACACCAGUUGCAAAGGACAGUACCACUUGUAUAAUGACUUUCAUAUCUGAUACUGCUGAUGACCAAAACCUUCAGCAGGGCAAAGAAUUCCCAGAUGAUGCACAACAGAAAGAAGAUCCUGGAACACCAGAUGAAGCCGAGGCAUCCCCAGUACCUCUACUAAAGGAAAUAGCUGCAGGAACUCCAAAACUGUCUCCAGAGGAUGCUCAGGGUGCCAAUGCUGACGCAGAAGAUUCCUCUGAAGCAACAGAGACUGGUGCCGAUAUCUCUGAGCUGAAGUCCUUUGCAGAAGAAUCUCAUGGUCAUGAAAAACCACUUGUUGCUGAAGAAAUCCCACCUCCUAUUCCCGAAGAAGAGUAUUGUCCUAGUAUUAGGAUGGGUCUGAUAGACGAAGCACCAAGUGAAGAGUCUGCUGUUCUUUGCAAAGGUCAGGGAACUCAGACUUCUCUAGCCUUGUCACUUACACCUCCUCAAGCUGUCAGCAAAGAACACAGCACACAGACAGAUGAAGAACAAGGAGUAGCUGUUCUUGGUGUACAUACUUCUUUCUUGCAUGAUGAAGGUGGUGUUGAAACCAGAGCUGGUAGUCAUGGGCCAGUUAAAACAGAAGGUGUGACUGAAAUUUUGCUAGAUGCACUCCUUCCCUCUGAGACCCAGCUGUUAAUCAAAGACACUCAAGUGGUUGGUUCAAAGCCAUCACAGAAUGUUGAGAUUGAUGCAAGUGAGGCAGAAGGAGUACCUUGCAUAGUAACUAGCCAUGUCAGUCUUGCAUUUUUAGGCUUAGAUUCACAGAAACCAGAGUGUCUAACAGCAAUUUCUGUAGAUGGUAAAAAGACAGAAACUUUUACAACAGUGACUGCAAAGCCAGGACCAGGAACAGCUCAGACUCCCAUUUCUCACGAAAGUAAAAUAGAAUGUGAACACAAACCAGAAUUACUAUUAGACAAAAAUAAAGUAACAGAAGUACAAGCUGCAUGUGAAAAGAACAUCCCAGAGGAUACAAAACAUACAGAAGAAAGUAACCAGACUGGUAAAGAAACUGAAUUUGUUGACAGAUCUCACUCUGCUCCAAAAAUGUCUGAUCAGGUUUCAAAGGAUGAUAAAAAUGCUUUACAAGAAUUGGAGGCCAAAGAAAUUCAAAAGGAGGCAGGAAAUGAACCACUUCCAGACAGCCCUUCUCUUGAGGCUAUUGCUGAAGCAGUAGCUGCUGCAACAACUCGUGCUGCUCUUGAUCUGCUUGCAACCACCAACUCAGAUACUCUUAUUAAACCUCAGGAAGUUCAAGUGGCUGCAGGUAGCCCCAGCAUCUCAUCUCUACCAAAGACUGCCAAUACUAAAGUCGUUCCAAUUGAGCCAGGAGAAGAGGCCAGAAAGCCAAAUGAACAAGUGACAGAAGCAUCAAGAUCUCAAACCCAAAGUGAUGCAUCACAGCCCACCACAGUGUAUGUAGCCACUGUUACACACACACCCUCACCGUCUCCCACAUCCACACCAGAAAAAGAAAAAACUCUGGAGUCUGUAGAGGCCGACCUGAUGAAGGCCUCUCUGCCCAAGGGUGAAAUUCCAGCUGAAACUGUGAAAACUAGUCAGUCUGAUGCAGCCUCUCCAAUGCCUAUUUCUCAGGAUGUAGUUGUAACAAAGACAGUAGAAGCUGCUCUUGCUGAGGCAGCGGAAGAAGUUUGUGAUAUGAGUACGAACAAAGACGCCAAGCAUCAGGAUACUACUGCCACCCAGGACCGCCAAGAAGUCGCAGCUGUUAGCCCAAACGAAGAUAGUCCGACGUCGAGCAAAGGAUCGAGUCCAGACAUGGAAGAAUACGAAGUUAUAAAUAAAGAUGAAGACACUGCUCACAAACUCAGAACACAGAGAGAAACUUCUGGUGGAGAGCCUGUCAAUGAUAAAGUAAAGGCAUCCGAGUCAACAGAAGUAUCGAGUCAAGCAGCCCAGCUUCAUACGGAUGAAGAAGGUGCAUCAAAGAAAGAAACAGAGCCUCAGAAAGAGGAGAAAGUGGUGAAAGGAAAAGAAAGAAGCAGUUCUAAGGAACCGGAAGAAAAGAAAAGUUCAGAUAAGACAAACAUUCAUGAAGACCAAGGGAAAGACUCUACCAAUUGCCCUGUUGACGAUUCCUCUACCAAAGCCACAGAUCCACAAGCUGCUCCUUGUACGCCAAGUGAAUCUCUUGUAGCAGAGGAAGGCCAAACUGACAUUGACAGUUCAACCUUGAAAGAAAAUACCAGCUCAGAUAAUGCUGACAGCGAGUAGAUUUCAUAACUUUUUGUAGAGGUAAUGUUAAAGAUUUAAAAAAAGAAUGUUUAAAGCUAAACAUGAAUACCCAGUAGCCACACUGUUAUUUUUACUUCAUGUCUAGAUAGUGUGUAUCUAAAUAUUUUAUAAAACACACACACACACACACACACACACACACACACACACACACACACACACACACACACACACACACACACACACACACACACACACACACACACACACA